AUGAGUUGUGAUGACAUUCGAGACAAUAUCAAGGACACGCUUCUUCUUGCUGAUGUCUUGAUUACUUCGGGCCAGUAUCGUAGAGCUAUCGAUCUUCUAACUAGAAACGACAAAUUGUGGGAUAGCCAGUAUGCGCGUUUUCUUGUCGCUCAAUGUUACUUCAAGUGUGGCGAAUUUGUUGAGGCUCUCAACAUUUUGGAAAACUUAGAGAAUUUCCAACAGAAUCCGUUCAAGUUUACUUCAUGUUCCUUCAUAAGUUUCUCAAAUCCUGAUGUUCAUCAUGAAUCGGCCUUAAGCAGCUUGGAUUCUGUAUAUCUUCCAGACGGCGUUAGCCAUGUUAUGUUAAAUAGUAGCGUUGCCCUACUAAGAGGCCACGUUCACGAAUCGCUGAACAAUCUUGCUUUGGCAGUAAACUGCUAUAAGGAGGCGUUCCGGUUGGAUCCAUUCUAUGAAAAAAGAAUCACAAAGUUGGAAUUUCCUGGGUUUUCUCAGGCUCUAUCAUCCGCCACCAGGAACAUAUAUUUGUACAAAGUCCCCCAGAUCAACCCUACCGGUGGUUUUGCGGAAAUGACACCACUGAAAAGCAGCGUUGAUGUUCUACUUACGCAAGCUGAAUAUCUUUUGUCGAUCAAUCACUACAGGAAGUGCUUCGAAGUAACUUCGCGAAAAGCUACUCAAGAGGAUCGUCGAUUUGGACCUGCAUGGUUGGCACUGGGACACGCUUACGCCACCGACAGUGAACACGAUCAGGCUAUUGCUGCCUACUGCACUGCCGCCCAGAUCGUUCGACAUUCUCAUAUGCCGAUGCUGUACAUUGGGGUGGAGUAUAGUUCGAGUGGAAACCAAGCUCUAGCAGAACGCUUUAUGCAACAUGCUCUUCAGCGCAGUCCCUCUGAUCCUGCUGUUCUUCAUGAAUUGGGAACCCUGGCUCUCAAUCUCAAACGAUACAACAAGGCAUUGAAGCUGUUGAAACAGGCCUAUCACAGCAUCUCCCAACUCAGCGGUCAAGUUAUUGCGCCCUAUUGGGAACCCCUACUCAACAAUUUGGGUCACGCCUAUCGGGAACUUGGGUGUGUUUCAACAUUCAAUAUCUCGCCAUUUUCAAUUCUCCCUUGGGAUAUUUGUUUGCAUGUCUUGUUUAGUUUUAUUAGCUUAUUUCACCAAACAGUGUAA